GCUUUGCCAAAGUGAAACUCUUGAAGGUUUUCAUUGAUAAUUUCCUAUUAAGGCAUUUGAUGUGAUUUUCACCAAACAUGCGUCCACUUUAUUACGUAUACAUAGAUUUCAUUUCAUCAGAAUGACUAUUUUUAUGAAACUAAAAGUAACUUGCUGCCGUAUAUAAUUCAUUUUCGGCGUUCAAUUAAUAUAUAACUUGCUGCCAAGUUUUUUAGAAAAGUUUUCAUCAAGUCAGUAUUGAUACAACAUUUUGACCUUUCAUCCGCAAGGGCUGUUGCCCAGUUCAAACCAGCCUCGUGAUCAGAUCCCUGGUUUGUGUGGGAGGCUCAACAUUUCCUUCGUUAUACAUCACAUGAUCAUAUGGUAUGUAUGGUUUAGUUUGAAAUAAGCAUCUCAUUGUGACGUCAGAUUUGGUAACUUUUUGUAAAAGUGCAACUGGACUAAAAGUUUCUUUAGGUUUCAGAUGACAAGAAAUUAUCGAUGAGUAAACAGGAAAGCCAUCUUCACGAUGUCUUUCCGCCAUUAUGGGUUCGAUUGUUAAUAGAAGCAACAGAAGCAAGAUGAAGAGAAACUCAGGAAGUCCGGAUGCAAAAGAAAUACAAAAAAUGAAAAACAGAGGCAGCAAAGCUGCUCGGCGUUAUUACUCGGCAUUACUAAACCAAGUUGAUGGUGCUGCUAGUGGUGGUACAAGAGGUUCUGAUAUAAUUGGGCCUAGAUGCACAUCACUGCCGCUGUGCAAGAAGCACCGAUGCUCUAUAAAAUGUGCAAAGAUUCGAAGGUUUUGCAACUCUGUUGAUCACAACAUACCGAUUCCGUUGCGAAUCUCCUUUUCGUUGUUCACAGAAAUGCCUAUCCCGCCUGCAACAUCACCAGUAGAGAGUAAUUACGAAAUAUUUGAUGAAAAAGAGAAAGAUAUAGAGAGCAGCCGUAUAAAUGAAGUACCACAUAGUAGAAGCAACAAACAGGAUAAAGACAGAAAUGGCGAAAAGAAGAAACGUGAUUCAAAAAGUGCUAGAGAUGGAGUUAAAGAAAAAUUAUCUAGGCGGAAGAUCAGUGUUUUGAAAUUUGAUGCGGAAGAAGUUAUUGCUUGUGACAGUGAUCUGCAGGGCUGUCGCUGGCAGUCUAGUAUGGGCAGUUUACGUCCAAGAUCCAGCACUACACCAAGCAUUGAGUGUAACAUUGGCAGCAGCAGGAACGAGACCAAAGCAUCUAAGGUAUCAGCAGCAAAAUCAGAUGGUCACACAUCAUCCAAAAGCAGGCAAGGUGUUGGUGAAUCACCGUUGAAAGUCUGUCGGUACUCGUAUUGCGAUUUAAAGAACGUUGAAUGCAGUUAUAGGCCAGUCAAAAUGGUGGACAGCAACAAAGAUGCUUGCCGGAGCGUUUUUAUGCUGACGCAUAAAGGUGUGCAGAAAUACACUUUGCAAUUACGGGAAGGGGAUUUCACUAAAACAGGUGGGUCAAAAAAGAAUUGCUCCACAAAAAACAUGACUAUUGAUUUGUCAUUUACAAGGAACCCUGCGCUAUUGAAGACGGCAGAAACUCCUUUAAGCAACUGGGAGAAGAAACAGCUAAUUGAAAGCAUUAUCAGUAAGUCAAAGAUUGAUGGUUGUUUCUCUAGCGAGAAAGCUGUGGACGAUAUCUCAAAGACGAUUUCAAAAUCACGUAAUGUUUCAACAGGGAACUUUUUUAGCAAAGUCUGUGGGACUGCUGGUAGCAGUUCAUGUCAUUCGCCAAACAGCCAAACUGGAAAAAGGCGAUCGAGAAGUUCAUCUUCCAAAAUGGAGAGUCAUACCUUUGAUCAUAUCAUAUUCGAGCAAAAUGAAAAUGAAAUACCAAAGCAACAGCUUUUGCCUCAGAAUCGAGUUAAGAAUAAGCUACGUCUUCGGGUUUCAGAUAUUCUUUCCACCGUUGAAUCGGUGAACAGGGUUGAGAAAUUCAAACAACGCCGUUUGAGAGAAUUUAAACAACAAGCUGAGGCGUGUCAAGGUAGGGAAGGGAAAGACCCUAGAAAAAGGAAGCUUCUUGAAGUCCAAUCAAAAAUUCACAGUGUUUGGCAAAAUAGUCUGGCUGAAAGUCACCCAGAUAGUUACUUAGCUGCUGCCCUGGGGAGAGGUCGAUGCUCAAGUCGUGGACGAGAAUUGAAAUGUGACGUCACAGAUGAUAGAUUUGCAAAGUCAACUGAGGAUGCGGCUUAUAUUAUGAGGAAACGAGAUAAGAAAACGUCACAGAUGUUACAACAACCUGAUCCAAGCAGUUCAAAAAAAAUUAAACAUUUUGGAUAA